AUGCCUAAAACAAGCACUUUGGCCGCUGCCUCUCAGACGGCCUGCGCCGACAUCUACAACACGCCGAAUCAGGAUAACGUAUGCGCUAUGUUCCGUAAGGACAACCACACCGAUAUUAUGCAAGCUUGUUGCGGUGAGGCCAAGAUCAUCACCUAUUCUGGCGACUGCGGUCUAUACUGCGUUGCCCUCGGCCAAACGAUCGAUCAGCUUUCCAAGUGUCUUUAUGACCACGGUGCUCCUGACGAAAAAGGUGUCUGGUGCAGUGGAAAUUCGAAGACCACCAAGACCAAGGAUGCCAGCAUCCCCGCUACGGCUCGAGCCACCGUGGUCUCGGACGACGACGAUGCAAAGGACAAAGACGACGAUAAAAGCACCAGCACUGGCACAGCCAGCUCUUCCAAAUCAAGCGAGACUAGCAAAGCUGCUACUAGUAGCAGCCCUCACUUUGGCAUCACCACCCUGGGUCUUACCAUCGGUGCCUUGUUCUUGUCUUCUAUGGCUAUUGGUGCUUUUGAGCUCUAA